CCGUUAUUAGAAAGUGUGACAACUUGCCCCGGCGAUCAAUCGCUCCGCGCCUGAUGAUUCCGUGACUUGCGCAGGAGGGCGGGAGCCUCGAGAGAGAAUGAAGGAGCAGAAAACCAGCAUCCUCAGCUAAUAACACCGACCGAAAUCAACACCCUGGCUUAUAAUUAAAAUCAUUCGCUUGUGAGGGAGUGAAUGACAUUGGCACAUCAGUCAUGUAUUCUGAGGAGUGGAGCAGGAAUCGGCAGGGUAGAGAGAAGACUGUGAUCACGAAUUUCAGUUUUAGUCAGCUGCCAGAGGAGGAGAAGACGGGUAGGAGAAAACCUCACAGUGCUCAUGACUCUGACGAAUCCAUUCCAGAUGAUCGAUACCAUAGCAUCUACUUUGCCAUGCUGCUGGCUGGUGUGGGCUUUCUACUGCCAUACAACAGCUUUAUCACUGAUGUGGAUUAUCUCCAUCGUAAAUUCAAAGGCACCUCUAUUGUGUUCGACAUGAGUUUGACGUACAUACUGGUGGCUCUCAGCGCUGUCAUCGUGAACAACGCGCUGGUGGAGAGACUGAGUUUACAUACUCGCAUCUGUGUGGGAUACCUGUUUGCGUUGGGACCUUUGGUGUGUGUGAGUGUAUUUGACGUCUGGUUGGAGCUGUUCAACACUCAGCAGUCCUAUGCUGUUACUCUGGCUGCGGUUGCCAUUGUUGCAUUUGGAUGCACAGUGCAGCAGUCCAGUUUCUAUGGUUACACAGGGAUGCUGCCCAAGAGAUACACGCAGGGUGUGAUGACUGGAGAGAGCACUGCAGGAGUUAUUGUUUCUCUGAGCCGGAUUUUUACAAAGCUGCUGGUGGAGGAUGAGAAGAACAACACUAUUAUCUUCUUCCUGUUCUCCGUCUCAAUGGAGACGCUCUGUUUUCUGCUUCAUGUGGUGGUUCGCCGAACACACUUUGUCCGUUAUCACACCAGCAGAGCUCGCCAGAGCCACAGCUGGCUCAAAGGACAGAUUAAUAACGUUACGACACAAAAGCACAGCGGCUAUCAGAUACAUUACGACAGCAGUGCAGAGGAAGAGGAUGGAAUGGCGUCAAGCAUGGUUGACGAUGCUGAUGCGGUUAAUCUGGGUAACGGUUCCCAUGGAGAUGGCAUAUACGUCAGAUUCGAUGUGCCUAAACCAGAAGCCAAAAGGAGCUGGAUCAGUGUGAAGGAGCUGCUGGGUCGGAGGUGUGCUGUAGCCCGGGUGAUCUGGCCAUAUAUGCUUUCAAUCUUGGUGACAUAUUUCAUCACUCUGUGUCUGUUCCCUGGUUUGGAGUCAGAGUUGCACAACGAUACACUGGGAGAAUGGCUGCCUAUCCUCACCAUGGCUCUGUUCAACAUGGCUGACUUUGUGGGCAAGAUCUUGGCGGCGUGCCCAUACGAGUGGGGUGGUGUGCAGCUGCUGGUGUGUUCGUGUUUGCGCGUUCUCUUCUUGCCCCUGUUUGUGAUGUGUGUGUCGCCUGUGCAGCGCCCCCUGCUGGCACACCCUGCCUGGCCCUGCGGCCUGUCUGUGAUGCUAGGUAUCAGUAACGGAUAUCUUGGCUCUGUACCAAUGAUACAGGCAGCUGGCAAAGUGCCACUUCAGCAGCGAGAGGUGGCAGGAAACACCAUGACUGUGUCGUACAUGGCUGGACUGAUGCUAGGGUCUGCAGUGUCUUACUCAACAUACAGUCUGACCUCACAGGCACACUCCUCUCACACCACGCUGAAACUCAACAGCACACUCACGUUGCACAACUAUAUGCCUGGCCACUGAGGAGAAUCCAGCACACAUGAACAUUGGUUUGUACAGGUGAUGAUUAUGUAGGACUAAAAAAAAACAUUUCCGAAGGCUAUCCUGCUGGAAACACUAGCUUAAACCUGAAAAUGCAUUCUGGUCCAAGCUGGUUUAUAUAAGGAAGGUCUUCUGGUUAAGCAUAUUGAAAUUAUUGGGAAUAUUGUUCGAUAAUCUGAUGUAUUAUUGUUCCAGUUAUCUUUAAAUGUUCGGCCACCUUGUGUUAUUUACAGUGAGGUGGUGUAAAGCUGUACUUUUUGAAUGAUUGAUAGUCUUGUCUUGUUUUAGGCGCUCCAUUUUGAUCUGUUUCAUUAAUAACCAAUUAGCCUCAUUAUUGGCAGACUGAUGUAAAAACUAAAAUAUGUUUGAUUGUUUUUUUGUUUGAGUUAAUUUAAACAUUUUAAACUUAAACCUUGUCCAGCUAUGGGGGAAAAAUACUUAAUUCUGUUUGAAUGUUUUUGUUUGUUUACAUGUCUUUACGCCGUGUUAAGCUUACUUUUUUGGUUGAUGUGCACCAAAAUUAAUAUUCAAACGAACUGCAUCAGCAGAACCGUCACACUUUUGUUUUAUUCAAACCCAACAUGCCAAGUGUGAUCGCACCAGAUAAGAUGCCACAUAUCUCACAAAUAUUGACCAAUCCCUUACAAAAAAAUUACUGCAGUUUUUAAAGAAAUACUGCAGUCAUAGUUAACUUCUGUAAAGUGCAGUUUUUUUGGACACACAAAAAAAAAAUGCAUUAUUCAAGUAUAUUGCAAUAUUACUACAAUACAACUGAAUUACUACACAACUAACUGCAGUACAUCUACUGCAAUACAACUGAAGUACUACUACAGUACAACUGAAUUACAACUACUGCAAUGGUACUGAAGUGAUACUACCACGACUACUAAAAUGCAGUACAACUACUGCAAUGUCACUAAAGUGAAACUACUACUAUAAUGCAGUACUGUUACUGCAAUACAGCUGAUACUACUACAGUACAACUGCAGUACAACUACCACUUUUCCUGCUUGGUUUCCAAAUGAAGUUUCAGCACUUAAGUUGUAAUGCUGAAGUUUUACCACAAAAUAUUGUAUUGCACUUUUCAGAACUACAGAAAUGCAUGUACUGCAAUACCUAACAAAACUAAAGUGCUCUUUUAAUACUUAUAUACCUAAGUGCAUUAAAUUAUAUAACUUAUAUCACUAUAUUGCCCCACUUAGUUUAUUUAUUGUUACUUCAGUUGUACUGCAGUUGUACUGCUGUUGAAUUUUAUUGUAUUAUAGUUGAACUGUGUUUAUACCUCAUUAUACUGCAAUGUUGCAAUUGCGUUGAAGUUUGCCAGUUAUUCUUGCAUAUAGGCUACUGCUGUUGUACUGUUCAGUUCACUGCAGUUAUUUUUUAAUAUUCGUUUUUGCACAUAAACUCUUAAAAUUCGAAAUUAGAAAAUGACUUGAACCAAAAAAACAUCCCUGAAAAAAAUAAACAUUCGUGAAAAAUGUUGAAGAAAAAACCCCUUGGAACACAAGUGCAGUACAGUUCUUACCACAUUAUUGGGAUAUUAGACUACAGCAGCACAAGUGCAGUAAAUACAGAGUUUACUUGUUUUUUACUGCAGUUUAGUGCAACUUAUACUGCUGUUUAACUUUAUUGUACUGUAUUAGAACUGUGUUUAUACUUCAUUGUAUUGUAGUUUUGCAAUUGUGCUUAAUUUUACUGCAGUUAUACUUCUAUAUACUGCUUUUGUACUUCAGUUUACUGCAGUUAUUUUUUUGUAAGGGAUAAAGCAAAUAUCGUUGCAGUCUGGGAUGUUGUAGCACUUCCGUUAAGGAUGAAACAUGAAGCACUUUGUCACUUGUCUCAUCAUUCAUUAAUUUUUUCAUGUUAUCGUCAAUAAAUUCAUGAAAUUAUGGAAAUAA